UCCAUGAUGGUUUGGUGGAAUCGAGCGAAAUGGAAUCCGGAUAGCGCGGGACAUUUAUCCGGAUUCUCGGCGCCGCCAAAGGUCACGUACACCAAUACUGCCAAAUGCGCUUCCAGGACUGCCACGGCGGCAGCUGCACGUUCCGCAGCAAAGCGAGCGCGAAGAAGGAAGCAAAAGACGCCAGCACGGAUGCCGUGCAGGUCGAUUUCGAGGCGGCGACGACCCAGACGUCCGUCGCGGUCGACAAUGGCUCCCAGACAGAGUACAUCUCGAGGGAGACAACGAACCAGUCCGACAACGUGUCGGCCGCCGUUCACGCAUUCCUACAGUCAACUGGACCGAUCAUGCUGCGCGAAAUGAAGCAGGGAAACCAGUCGGCCGCGUUUCAUGACUUCUGGCAAGAACAAGAUGCAGACGACAAGCACGUGAGCAAAGCGUUCACGCUCGCGUUCGACUUUUUCACCCACUUCAAGCAGCCCAUCGAUGGUACCGUUGUUCUGCCACGACAAUCGUGACACACAGUCGACCUGCCUGCGCAGCCAAGAAGCCGACGCAGUCCGGGCUCAAGCUCGAAUGCACCGGCGUGUCAUGGAACGCCACGGGGUCGGUGCUGGCCGUGUCGUACGGGCGCUUUGACCACAGCGGAUGGUGCAACUAUCGAUCGGCGCUGUGCCUAUGGAACAUCUUCAGCGCCGACUUCAAUCCAAGCAAGCCGAACGUCGUGCUCGAGACAUCGAGCGGUCUCAUGUGUGUGGCGCACCACCCAACGAACCCUGCCGUCGUUGCGGCCGGCUCGUUCAACGGCGAGCUCAUGGUGUGGAAUACGUCGCUGGAAGAGCCGCUCGUGGCGACGUCCGGGAUCGGGGACUACUUUCACCGAGAGCCCAUCUCCAAGCUGGCCUGGGUGUUCGACACACCCUCGCGCGAGUACCACAUUGCAAGUGUCAGCGGCGAUGGCAAGGUGCUGCUGUGGCAAGUCAAGGACAAGCUGUCGUAUCCGGUCGAGGGCUUCUUGCUCAGUGCGAAAUGGACAAAGGCAAAGGCUAAACCGUCCGUCGUGAUGGGAGGGGUCGCACUUGCCUUUCGUCCCAACGACCGCACGAACCGCAGCUUCAUUGCAGGAUCGGAAGGCGGCGCCGUGACGCGAUGCUUCUCAACCCAAGUGCCCAAGGGUCUGUUCAAAGGCGAGCUUAAGUGGUCCACAAACGCCCAGCGCCUCGUGGGGGCGGCGCCACAGCCCGCCGACGUCCGCCGGCACGUGGAAGCGUUCGCCAAAGACAGGAAACUCCGCGACAUCCGCGUGAGCACGGUCUUCGAGGCCAAGCCGGACGUGGUGUCGCUGUACAGCUCCGCGCUGGACUUCACCUUUGAGCCUCACGGAGGACCCGUGUACGACAUACAAUACUCGCCGUUCCACCCGAGUCUUUUCCUGACGGCAUCGUCCGAUGGCACGGUCCGCCUCUACAAUUACCUCCAAAAAUCCCCCGUGCUGGCCUUUGAAGUAGGCACGCACUACUUGUACAGCAUCGCAUGGUCCAAGACACGUCCGCUGGUCUUUGCCGUGGCGUCGGAGGACGGCAACAUUUACGUGUUUGAUCUCAAGGAGAACGAGCUUCACCCGGUUGCGACGCUCGCUGUCGAGUCCAAGCAGCAUCGCGCGGCCGUGUACACCUUGGACUUCAACCCGCGGCAGCGCAACUUUGUCGCGUGCGGCGAUAGCCACGGCCUCGCCCAUGUGUGGAAACUCAACUGGCAGCUGUCCAACCUCCAUCCCACAGAGCUGGGGCUCCUCAACGACCUGGCCGAUUUGCGUGCUUCUCGCGUCCCAGAUACAGGGAUAGCUCUCAAAGCACACGCACCAGCGACGGAGGCUGCCCCUGGCGCUGCUUUCGCGUUGUGUGCCCAUCGGUUACACGUCGAUGCCAGUUACAUUUGCCGCGAUGCGGUGGACGGCCGCAUGAAGACCAAGGCAAAGAACAAGUACAAAGUGCAGCAUGCCAGCACGCGGCAGCUGAAGCGGUUGGCACCUCCCCAGUCGCGUCUUGAAGCCGCGCCGAUAAGCCAGUUCGAAGACGCUGUACGACGACGGGACCUCCAGUCGCUCGUGUGGAUGAUUGACAGUGGCACGAUCCAUGUGGACCAAGAGACCGUCGCCGGUGAGACUUCAUUGCUGGCUGCCGUCGCUGCAAACAACGUGCUUGCCAUGGAGCUGCUCUUUAGCCGCGGUGCCAACCCCAACGCAGUCAACCGCCACGGCUACACGCCUCUGAUGAAGGCGGCCACGAUCGUGGGUGCCGUCGAUUGCUCGGAAGCAGUCUUGGCACUGCUUCGCCAUCGCGCCGAUGUGUUUGCGCGCGACAGGACCGGCAAGACCGCGCUGGAAUGGGCACGCCUCACGAACAACAUAACCGUGUGCCGGCACCUCGAGCUCGCCAUCCAAACACACAUCUACGCCCGACGAUGUGCCGAGGCAGAUGAAACCAGAGCUCAUACAUUCGCAGACGUCCUCGAGCGGCACACAAAGUUGUGCGUGGCCAUGCAAGCGGCGGUGGCCGCCAGCGACUUUGCGCAAGUCCGGAACCUUGUCAGCACGAACGACGUCAACGUGGAAGUAUUCCGCGAGGCGGCCGCCCCCGGCGUGCGCUACUUCGUAGACAUCGAAACGACCGCGGGAUGGUCGGCGCUUACAAAAGCAGCGUCGAUGGGAGACUUGACGACUGUCGAGCUGCUGGUGGAUAAGGGGGCAAGUGUUAACAUGGAAACGAAGCUGCGGCACACAGCCCUGACGUGGGCCGCGUACUGUGGCCACAAGGAAGUUGUCCAGUACUUGCUUCAGAAUUGCCGAGCCGACUGGCGUCAAACGACGCGCGAAGGGAUGACGGCGCUCAUGCACGCAAGUCGAAAUGGCCAGGACAUCGUGGUGGGCAUCCUUUUGUCCGUCAUGCACGAAUCCAGCGUAGGGAGCCAGGCGCGGAAGGAUUACAACGGGGACGGAGCUAAGACGACCCCGGAGUGGCACAGCACGUUCCUCGAUGCGCUGCAUGCCAUUGACCAAGGAGGUAUGGACGCCAUCGCGUACGCCGCGCGAGAAGGUCACAACAGCACGGUGGCCAUCCUGGAGCGGGCAAAGGCUGGCGCGAUGGAUCACCUCGACCACACUGAGCGGCUCAAGGCCAAGACGUCGGACGUUCCGUGCAAACUCAAUUGCGGAUUCUGCCAUGCGAAGGACUUGAUCCGAUACCAUGAAGAGAACAAAUGUCCUCGCCGUAUCGUCGAGUGCGACGGGUGUAAAGCGGCGGUGGUGAGCAAGGAUUUGGACGAGCACAAGCGACGGACUUGCGAGGCGCGGCUCGUUUCGUGCUUGCACAUGCAAUACGGGUGCACCGUGCAAUUGCCGCAGCGAGACAUGCAGCUCCAUGAAAUGGAGCACUGUCCGUACCGCCAAGUGGCCUGUCGGUUAGAGUGCGGCCACGACAAGCUGCGCUGGAACACGCGGGAUGCCCAUGAGGCCAACGACUGUCCCCGUCGCAGCGUCCGAUGCAGUGCGUGCCACGCAGACAUGGUCGGGCGCGACCUUCGCGGCCACAUGCGUAGCCAUUGCCCCAAGCGGGCAGUCCUGUGCUCUUUGUACGGAGGCUGUGGCGAGAGCCAUCCUUUUGACGAGACGGCCUUCCAUGUUGAACACCUGUGCCGGCUGCGCCCACGGCCCUGUCGGUGGGCUGACCACGGCUGCGACGCGGUGCUCGGGCCACCCGAAAUGCGACUCGCGCACGAAACCACCACGUGCGACGUCCGCGUCGUUCGGUGCAAGAAUCGGUGUGCGGUCGGAUCGUUUCUUUCGUGCUUUGCAUCACAGCACUACCUCUGGGACUGCCCAAAGGAAAGGAAACCAUGUCCAUUGGGAUGUCCAGCGACGAUGGAGAGCCAGUACAUUCAUGGCCACCACGAACCCAACUGCGGGUUUUGUCCGUUGCGCCAAGCCCGGUGCAACAUGGACUUAUGCGGGAAAAAGAUCCGUCUGUUCGGCCAAAGCGAUGCUACAGUCACAGCAAGGUCGGAUGAGGUGGCAGCGGUCUCCACCAGCGCCGCGCUGACGCUGAACGGAGUCCAGUUGCGCAUUCGAAGGCUCGAACGAUUCCUCGCCACCGAACUUGACGCGACAGUGCCGGCGCUGGCCGCCCCUUUCCUAAGGCAAUGGAUCACCGGUCGCGUGCAUGCGAUGGCAGAAGCCCUGGCAACACUGCACAUGGACUCAACCCAGCUCGGGUUGGUGAUGCGAUACGACCCCACGACGCAGUGCCAUUCAGUCAGCAUCGACGGAGUUGGCGCAUGGAUCCAUCUGAGCCACACCUACUUUGCCGAAGACCCCAGCGAACACGACUGGAAGUGUGGGUGGCUCGCGGCGCACCAGCGGCAAGAACACCAAGAGUCGUCAUGUCCGCACAAGAUAGUGCCAUGUCCACUUGGCUGCGGCCAGCAAUGCCAGCAGUUCCAGCUCAUGAGCCACACCAAGGACCGAUGCAUCAAGCGAACACUGGCGUGCCGACUCGGAUGUGGGCGCUCCAUGAGCGUCGAGGGGCUCCUCGCUCACGAAGAGUCCGAGUGUCCGUUGAGUCACCAAUUCUGUCCGCACUGCAGUCAAGGUUUGUUAAAGAAGGACGUGGACAACCACAUUGCCGCCAUGUGCACCAAAUUCCCGCGGCCCUGCCGCUUGACGUGUGGCGCUUCGAUGCCAUCGACCGACUUUGGGGAGCACGAGAGAACAACAUGCCCGAAGCGACUGGUCCACUGCCACGAAUGCGACAAGGUCGUGUUCUUUUACGAACUGGCCAGCCAUGUAGCCGAAGAGUGCCCGUGGCGGUCGAGUGGCCUCUGCGCCCUCGGCUGCGGUGAAGUGCUUCGCGUGAAUCAAGUCCAGGUCCAUGCUACAACUGUGUGCCCUCAAAGACUGGUUCUGUGCCCUCAAUGCAGCUCGCCUUCUGUCCGAGUCGCUGACUUUGACACCCAUGUCAAAUUCAUGUGUCCGGAGCGGCAGCUCUACUGCCAAAAAGGUUGCGGCGCCACUCUACGCGAGUCGGAGCUGGACGCUCAUGAAGCAUUCGACUGCCUCCAUCGAUCUGUGCUUUGUCCGCUCCGCUGUAACUUCAACCUGGCAGCGUCAACGCUGGCGAAGCACAUGCAAACCGAGUGCCCCCGCCGACUCGUCCCAUGCCCGAAUCGGUGUCCCAUGCAAGUCCCGGCCAUUGAGCUCACCCUUCAUCUCCGCAACUGCGACCAUCGCAUGGUGUGCUGCGGCGCGGGGAGCGCGCAAUGCGCCCGCCCGUUGAAAGCGUGGAUCAAGCACGCGGUGCUCGACCGGUGCUUUGCCCACCUGGAACAUGGGUUCAUGUGGGCCGUCAAGACUGCUGACAUGGACACGAUCUCGACUUUUCUUCGCUAUAUCCAUCCAUCGGCUCUCGAUGAAGAAUUUCACACGGGCUUCACGCCGCUCGCGCUGGCGUGUUCCAAAGGCGAUGUACCCGUCGUUCGCAUCUUGCUGCUACAUGGCGCCGACGUCAACCUCGAGACAUCUCGCGGUCGGACGCCACUGAGCGAAGCUUGCCUCGGCCAGCACAUCGAGGUCGUCGAGAUGCUGCUCCAGCAUCGCGCAGUGGUCACGCACACGAAUCGGCAUGGACUGUCCACGAUGAGCAUUGCGCGCCAACUGCGCCACGACGGCAUCCUAACCUUGUUAGAGAAGCGCCACCACCUCGAAGAGACCCAACGGCGGCUCUUCCUAGCGAUAUCCACAUCCAACUACACGGCAAUCGAAGAGCUCGUCGCCGGAGGAGAGAUGGCUUACCGCGAAAACCACGCAUGGCACCUUAGUCGGGAGCUGGCGGCGAGUGCGACAGCGCUGGAGGAAAUCCGAGCCACCCUCGCCGACCACAUGAACGAGAUGAACGUGUCGAUUGCCGACUCGGAGGCGAAGAAGAUGAAGGUGGUCAAAAUCCUCGACUCGGUCGAGUACAACAAGGCGCAGCUCGAGCAUGUCGAGAAGAAGGAGGCCAAGGUCGAGGCGCUGCGCCAAGCGACCGAACUCACAGUCAAGCACGCGAUUCAAGCCAUUACUGCGCAGGAUAUCGUGGGCCUCAUCGGCCAGACGGAUCCGCCGCCCGGACUUCUCGUCGUCCUCAAAGCGAUGGCACUUUUCAAUGGCGUGAUCCCCCGCGUGAAGAGAGGGACAGACGUGAAUGGGUUCUCGGAAAAGGAGUGGUGGGAAACGUGCCAGGCCAUGCUGAUGGAUCGCCAUUUUCUUCGAAAGCUCGUCAACUUUCGGGAGCUCGACGUGCCCCCCGACGUGCUGUUCAAGGUUCGCCGGGAGUGCCUCAAGCACGACGACUUCCCUGUCGUUGCCGACUUCGCUCCGUCAGUCGUACCUCCGUCCGUGGACGGUGCCUCGAACACCCCGCUGCAAGCCAAGACAUUGCCCACUCGUCGGAAAAUGGCCAUGACACCGUUCAUGGCCCUCAGCACAUGGGUCAAAGGCGUCGAAGUGAACCAAAAGUCCAAAGCAGAAGCCAAGCUUCUCAGCGAGACGAAGGCUGCAGUACAAAGCGACUUGGCCAUGCUCGAAGCCGAGCUCAAGAACGCUACGUUCGACAUGAAGACGGCGCAUCGGUCGCUGCCCUCCCGUCAGGAAGAACUCGAUCGAAUUGUAGCUCUCGAGGCCAAGGCCGCCGCGGACUGGAAACUCAAGCAAAAACGCGUCAACGUGUGUGCAUUGCUCGCAUUUACAAGUCUCAACGGGCACACGCCGCUCACGUUUGCAGCGUCGAUCGGAAACGAGCGCGCUGUGCGGCUCUUACUCAACCGAGGGGCCAACGGUAGCUAUUCGGACGAAGAGCAGCGGUUGUGUGCAAAGAUCCUCCAGACCGCGCUGCGCCACCACGUUCGCCACCUCACGUUGUCGGGAGAUCUCGCGACGAUGUCGUCGAUCACGGGGUUUCUGUCAUUGAAACCACUGACGAAGCAGUUGCGGCGAUACCGGCAAUGCACCCGCGUGGCGCUGCACGAGGCUGUGUACAACGGCCACCACGAAGUGCUGGGGCUCUUGGUCGAUACAGGACAUGCCAGGGUGUGGCAAUCGUCUUUCGUCGAGCCGAUGGCGGCGUGUCCGGGCCAAGUCGAAUGGCACCAACCACGCAAUCUUGAAUUUGGCAUGGGGGUGUGGAAGCUGCACUGUCGAGCAACGCCGCUGGGGUUGUCCGAGUCGCUGGCUCUGGGCGAAGCAAGGAUGCGCCGCGUCGCGUUUCGGGAGAAAAUCGGAUGGGAUGUGAAUCCGUCCACCGGUCGAACCAUCCACGACGACACUCGCCAAGAGCUCGACGCGAUUCUCGCCGCGACCACCAAACUCCAAGAGACCAAGCGCCAGGAACAAGUAACGCGGAAGACCAUUUUGCGCCGCGCGAGCAACCAGCGCCUGUUGCAUGACAAACUCGACCUUGCGAUUCAAAACAAGGCGUAUGGAGAAGCGUACGCUUUGCUGGAUGCGGGGGCGUUUGCCGAACACGCCACCCGCGGCGGCCUCACCGUGCUGUGCCAGGCAUGCACGGAAGAAGUGUACACGACAAAUGCCGACGGCGACACUGUUUUGGUGGUCGAGUACUUUUUGGAUCGCGCUGUCAACCGUCCGUCGCCCAACCACGAAAGCCAAAGCGCGGAUGGCCACUCGUUCUUGCCGCUCUUGGUCGCUGCGCACUACGGCACCGUGCGCUGCGGCCGCAGUCUGCUCAGUCGAGGCGGCGACGUCAAUGUGCGGACGACAGCGACCGGCACGUCCGCGCUGAUCACCGCCGUUCAAAACAACCAAGACGACUUUGUCGCGUUCUUGCUGGCCCAUGGCGCGAACGUCCACAUCAAGGACGUUCAUGGUAAAACUGCGUGGACGUAUGCCGCCGCCGUGCACAACGAAUCCGUGCGCGCGCUGCUGGCGCAAGCUGCCGCCGACAUCCGCCACACCUUGCACGUCGAUGGCAUGUCGGACGAGUUUGGGCUUUGUCGAUGGGGCUGUGGGUAUGUCGGUCGGUUUGAGGACCCGAUUGUCGAGGCCGGCCACAUUGUGCGGCUGCAGCAUCCUCUCGACGACCACGAGCGAAUGCUGUGCCCAAAACGAGUCGUCCAGUGCCCUCACGACUGCGGCAUUGUGAGUUUGUGGAGCGAAGACGUGCGCCACCACGUCGACGUCGAAUGUCCCCAGCGCCAGGUGCCAUGCGCCAAUCCAAAGUGCACCGACCUCGUUUCGUUUGACUGCUUGCACCGCCACCAGACGAGCGAGUGCCCUCACCGAACUGUGGUUUGCGACCUGUGUGGGGAAUCGUGUAUAGCCCACAAACUGCCAAAGCACGACGCCGCGCAGUGCCGCCUUCGUGCCGUCGCUUGUCCCGCCUGCAAUGCCUCGUUGCCUUUCAUGGACCUGUCGAGGCAUACGAAGUUUGAAUGCCCGCAUCGAAAGGUGCGCUGCCGCCUCGGCUGCGGCUUCGUUGAGAGCUGUGUGCGCACGCACCACGAGCUCACCGAGUGCGUGAAGCGGCCGAUUCCAUGUGUGUUUGGGUGCGAUGUUGGGACGACCCCCGAGGACCAGGCAGCCCAUGAACUGGCCUGCGACUUCCGCUCCGUGCCGUGCCCAAAUCGAUGUCAUGCACCCCUUCUUCGUGCGUGCGACGUGAGUGCACAUCUCAUGGAAUGCCCCCACCGCUUCGUACCGUGUGAGUUGGGGUGCACCAAGAAGAUUCGAGUCAUCGACAUGGCCGACCACGUCACGGCCGCCUGCGGACGCCGCGUCGUUCAGUGCAGCAAAUGCCACAUCGACAUGACCGCCGACGAUCUCGACCACGGCCAUCCCGACUGCACCGCACGAAUUCUCCCGUGCGGGGCGUGCGGUGUCGGCGGCAUCGUUGCCGACAACAUGGCGCGCCAUAAAGCCGACGAGUGCAAGAUGCGCCUGGUCUCAUGCAAGCAUGCUCGCGACGGAUGCAUGAAGCAGCCACUGUUUGCGCAUGAGAAGACUUUUCAUGAAACGAUGGAGUGCCGAUACCGCGUCAUCUGGUGUCCGCUCGGGUGCGGCCUCCACUUGGUCGCCAAGGCGCUCCAAUCCCACGAAGCCGAGUGCCCCAUGCGAUUUUCGACUUGUUCGCUCGGCUGCGGCCUCGACAUGCGCGAGAAGGACCGCCUCGACCACGAACAGUUUGAUUGUCGGUACCAGAAAAGGUAGCAACACGGCUUGGUAAAUUGCGUCAG